AUGCAGUCAAUUUUGAAUUUUCGUGAUGUUGGAGAGUCAGUUGACGUUAUUAAUCAAAAUGGAAUCGGCGCACAUCCAGAUGAUGCAACUGAAGAAGAUGUCAAACGAUUAUUAAAUUUUGAUAUCCAUACAAUUCUAGACUUGCGAGCUAGAGGAUUUGAUCUUCGUCAAGGAGCACUGUUAGAAACGAAUUUUCCGGUUGUUAUAUACCCUCCUCAGCAAAAAGAUAAUGUCAGGAAGACUGUCAAUGUUAGUUUAUUGGGAACCAAGCUUCAAAAAAGUUAUUUUACUGCAGCCCCUUUUUAUGUCAGAGUCCAAUUGAUUGGAUAUUAUUUAAUAUGUCAACAAGUUCAAGUUGCAAGAAUAAUGGCAAAAACUUUGAUUCCAAGAGGGUUAAUUGGGAUGUAUACAGAUUUCUUAGAUUCCUCUGAUAAAGAAAUUUGCGAGGUCCUUGAAGUUAUGACAGACGAAACAAAUUUACCAAUUUUAAUUCAUUGUAAACAUGGAAAGGAUCGCACUGGUAUAAUAAUUGCCAUCGUUCUUUCUAUCUGUGGUGUUGAUGAUGAAACAAUUGCUCAAGAUUAUGCACUUUCUCAAAAGGGUUUGGCCAGUAUAAUGCCUUCAGUAGUCGUUGAUAUAGGAAAAAUUGGAUUACCUGAAGAGUUUGCUUCCGCGACUCCUGAUGUAGGAAUGAUAUAUAUCUUGAAUUUCAAAAAAAACAUGGUUCAACGCAAGAUUAUUUAA